AUGAAUCGAGGAAGUAGAUCAUGUUUGAAACCAAAACCUAUUGGUAUUAAUCAAUUGACAAUGCCACCACCACCUCCUCCUCCUCCCCCUCCUCCGCCAUCCUCAUUGCCAGCUGGUCCACCACCCGGAGCAGCUGCUGGAAGAGAUGCAUUGUUUGGUGAUAUUAUAAAGGGAACCAAACUUAAGAAGGCAGUGACUGUCGAUAAAUCCAAACCAAUAUUGGACUCGAAAAUGUCUGUGGCAAUUCUGUCUCCUGCAGCACCAUCAUCUGCACCACCCUCUGGUGGAAAUGGGAACAGAAUUUCAUCGGGAGGUGCACCACCGCCACCCUCACUUGGUGACAUCUUUGCUGGAGGCAUGCCCAAGUUGAAGAAGGUUGGACAUGACAAUAGAUCAGGAAUUGUACCACCAUCGGCUCCAAAGAUCCCCGGAUCUCUCCCCCCUUCCAUUCCAAGCUCACGUCCUGGAAAUGUGGUUUCCAAUACUCAAAGACCGCCUGCUCCACCAUCCUUGCCUCCGUCCUUACCUCCCUCGUUGCCUCCUUCGUUACCCAACUCCAGACCACCGGUAAGGAAUCAGUCCGGUCCACCUGUUCCUACAAUAUCGACACCGCCUACUACGUCAGCACCUCCUAUUCCUACAUCUGCCCCUCCUUUACCCCAGUCGGCUCCUCCUAUGCCAAAUAAGUUGGCUCCAAAGAUGCCUCCCAGCAGACCUAAGAAGUCAUCACAUUUGAGAUCAACGUCGGUCAACUCGGCCUCAUCGUUUGAAGAAUCAAAUAAUGGCCCUCCGCCGUUACCUACGCUGGGGGCUCCACCACCUCCUCCUUUGCCCACACUGUCAGCUCCUCCACCUCCUCCAUUACCUAAUCAGUCGGCACCACUACCUCCUCCACUACCCUCGCUGUCAGCACCACCACCUCCUCCCUUACCUUCCCUGACGGCACCACCACCUCCUCCAUUACCAUCCCUGACGGCACCACCGCCUCCUCCUCUACCAAGUAAUGGGACGCCUUCAUCUUCUUCAAGUAUUCCUCAGGCUCCUGCCCUCCCUGGAGGUGGAUUACCAUUUUUGGCACAAAUUAAUGCUAAGAGAAGUGAAAGUUAUGUAGUGGAUUCGGUAAGUCUGAAAUCUAACCCGAGGGACAGUGCACCAUCUGCUCCUCCUGCUCCUGCUCCUGCUGCUCCUGCUGCUCCUGCUGCUCCUCCUGCUCCUCCUGCUCCUCCUGCUCCUCCUGCUCCAAUAGGGAAUGGCCCUGGCUUGCCUUUCCUUGCUCAAAUAAAUGCAAAGAGGACUGAAUCGACAAUUUCAGGCAGCAAGGCAUCAUCUUCUGCAGUGCCGCCUGCUCCACCUCCACCUGCACCUUCAUCGGCCCCUGCUGGAAAUGGACCGAGCUUGCCAUUCCUUGCGCAAAUAAAUGCAAAGAGGACAGAAUCGACCAUCUCAGCAAAACCUAAUGCUGCUCCUCCCGUUCCUGCUGCUGCCCCACCACUUCCACAAUCAUCGGCUCCAACUCCUCCUUCUGCUCGAGCUGACGCACCUCUGUCAUUACCAUUUCUUUCCCAAAUUAAUGCCAAAAGGUCUGAUCUGGGUCAUGCUGCUUCUGCUGCACCCCCAAUUCCGGUGGCAGCACCACCAAUACCUUCAGGAUCAUUCGGUUCUAAUUCAAAUUCGAACUCGAGCUCGCAACAGGCGCCCUUUUCUUCUCCAUACAGAGCCAAUGAUAGUAUAAGAGAUUCAAAACCUGCUCCACCACCUGCUCCACCUGCUCCACCUGUAGCAUCUGCGCCACAAAUAUCGGCUUCUUCUACUGCCCCAAUUCGACCACCUGCUGUUGCUGCUCCUCCAUUACCUCAAUCAUCGGCUCCCACUGACUCGUACCAACCUAAAAAGGCGGCUCCACCGCCACCACCUCCUUCAUCCUCCCAUGCAUCGAACUCAUUAUCAUCGAACUUAUCUCUGCAGCAGUCUGCUGGUCAAUCGCUCAGAAAAAUCUCUGCUCUGGCUUACACAAUUAAUACUCACAUUAAUUCCUCCAAAUCUAGCAUGAUAACGAUUGAAGACAAAAGAUUCAGAUUUGUUAAUGCUAAUGCUCUCCCAAAUCCUCGUAGAUUCGGUGAAAAGGGAACAGAAAAGUUGUAUCCAAGUGGUAGGGGAUCAUCUGUACCUCUAGAUUUGAGUAACUACUCAUAG